CAAUAAGGGCUUAUCUCAAAAGGAGUCAAAACCUUUCUUUCUAUUGUUUUUGUUUUUGAACUCCUAAGGUUAUGGAGGUUCAUACAUAAUCCAAACCAAGUAAAUAACCAACAACACAAUACUAUAAAAUGGCAGUUCAAUACAUCAUUUCUCAAUAAAUAAGCAAAAGGGUCUUCCUUUCUCACCUCCAAAAAUGACUACCUCAAACCAUUUGAUACAAUUCCAAGUUGGAGUCUUUAUCAUCUUGUUCUCAUUUUCUUUCUCCUAUACACACACCCCACCACAUGAGGCUUCUCCUACUUCGCCCCCACAACAACAAUCUCCGCCAUCGCCACAAAAACAAUCUUCUCCUCCUCCCUCUUCGCAACGAAAAUCCCCACCAUCACCACAAAAAGGAUCUUCUUCCCCUCCAUCUUCACAACAUCAAUCUCAUUCUUCUCAAACAACAGUGGAAUACAAAGGAUGUUGGUCAAAGGUCUUUGCAUUCGGAGACUCAAACACAGACACUGGUAACGGUUACUUGGUUGGCGGUUUAAAAUCGUUCACAAACACAUCAUUCUCUAAGUCAUUCUAUAGUUCAUCAUCAAAUGGUUACUUAAAAGGUCACAGACUUUCCAACGGUCGAUUAAUAGUUGACCACUUGACUGAAUCUCUGGCUUGUCCUCCCUUAGCAGCAUACAAAUCAUCUUCAGUCGAUAUCAACUACAGCGGUAGUGUCAACUUUGCCAUUGCAGGAACUUCAACACUGUCUAGAGAUUACUUUUAUAACAAUAACAUUGGUCACACUUUCAUGUGGAGUCGAGUUCCAGAGAGUUAUCGAACUGAGAUGACUUGGUUCAACAACUUUCUUCAUGAAAGGACUCAAAGACAUGGUUCUAAAGCUUGCCGAAAAGAAAUGGCUGACACCCUCUUUUGGGUUGGUGGUGUUGGAAGCAAUGAUUACCUCCGCAUGUAUGGAUCUUCUGUUACCUCUCGUAUGCUUACUGAUCUUUCCAUUGGUCACGUAUCAAGAAUUCUAACGUCACUGCUAGACCAAGGGGCAUUGUACAUAGUCGUACAAGGGUUGCCACCGUUGGGAUGUCUACCGUCGCAGCUGUCAAUGUGUCCAUUGUUAGAUCGCGACGAAAGGGGAUGUUCCAAGGCCGCCAACAACAUAGUAAGGGCUCACAACAAACUCCUUCAACUAAGGUUGGACAACAUUAGAAGACGGUAUCCUCACGCAAUGAUAGCCUACGCAGACACCUACGGUGCUUAUGAGGCCAUAUUGGCCAACUACCAAAAAUACCAUUUCAAAGAGCCAUUCAGAGCUUGUUGUGGCUCUGAUGAAGAUGGUCCUUUUAACUUCGAUGUACAUUGCCUUUGCGGGGCUUCAGGGACAACCAUUUGUAAGAACUCUGGUCAGUACAUGAGCUGGGAUGGUAUCCAUUUCACAGACUCCAUGAAUGGAAAACUCACUGACCUUUUCCUCAACAAAGGUUACUGCCAACCUUCAUUUAAGGAACUUGCCAAGAAGAAGAAACAGCAAGUAAUAUAGAAGAGACAAGCUUGUCAAUGGCUAUAAUAACAUGUUUAAUUAGAUGAAGCUCCGAAUGGUUACACUUACACAUUCAGAGAGCUAGAAUGUAAUAUUUUAUUAUUUUUGAGUUUUUAUUCUUUUUUUGAGUUUAUUCCCACUUUGAGUUUAUACUUUAUACCAGGUGAGUAUUGUAAUGUUUUUCACCACUUCUUGUCAUUUGGUCCAAAAAAGUACUAGAUAAGUUCUUUUUGUCGUUUUAGCAAAACAUGUGUUAGCUCCUAUGAACGACAUGUCGUUUCCUACUCUGUUAAACUGGGAAAAGACAAGCUUCGUAGUUCGUGUGAAACAAACAAAUUUGUCGUUUCUCGUCCAAAAA